CAUGUUCAUUUGUUGGCUUUGUGCUACUCUGAAGAUUUAAAAUAUUAUGGAUUUCCUGUUUUAAAUAAAUUUAAAGCUGAGAUAACAAAACUUCAAAAUAUUGGUUUCAAUUGGGUAUUUCCAAUAUUAGGCGAGCAAACUAUUUAUGUUGGUUUAUGUCAAGUUGCGUGCGAUAAUUUAGCUUUAAAUGGAAUUUUUGGGUUUAUUGAAUGUUUUUCAGCAAAUUAUUUUUGCUCUAUGUGCUAUGCAAAACAAAGUGAAAUUCAGAAUUUAUUUACUGAAGAUAAAUUUAUUUUAAGAACUGUUAAGACACAUCAGCAGGAUGUUCAAAAUUUGAUGCAAAUGGAGAAUGCUGGAGUUAACCAUGUAAGAGGAGUUAAGAAAGAUUCUGUUUUAAAUAAAAUUCCAGACUUUCAUAUUACUAAUAACUUUGCAAUUGAUCCUAUGCAUACAAUUUUAGAAGGACUAAUUCCUAUUAACCUUGCAGCCAUUCUUACAAAAAUUUGUAAAGAAAAAAAGAUUUUUACUAUUAACAUAUUAAAUAAAAGAAUGUCGUAUAUCUUUAGUAUGAUAAGUACUGACAAACGAAAUAAACCUCCUGCAAUAUUCAAAAUUGAAGAAAAAAAAUUACAUCCUUCAAUGAAAGCAAUGCAAAUGUGGGCAUUUUUUCGUUUUUUACCACUAGCUGUUGGCGAUUUGGUAAAUGAAGAUGACAAACACUGGAGUUUUUUCAUUCAACUUUGUAAUUUAGUUGAUAUUUUAUUAGCUCCUAAGUUUACGUACGGCAUGAUUACAUUGCUUCGUGAUCUCAUUGAAGAACAUUUACAAUCUUUUAAGGAACUUUUUCCAGAUUUAAAACUGCGACCAAAGCAACAUUUUUUGGUUCAUUAUCCAACUAUUAUUUUUCAAAGUGGCCCUUUGAUAGGAAUGAGUUGCUUACGAUAUGAGCUUAAAAAUUCAUUUUUCAAACGAUCGGCUCAUAUUGUUUGUAAUUUUACAAACAUUUGCUAUACACUUGCUUACAGGCAUCAAUAUAAUUCUUUACUUGCUAAAUUGACUAAGCAACACAGUAGAGGAAUACCUUUAGUAUCAAAGUCUAAUCGUGUUUGUGUUCAUUUAUUGCCAUUUGAGAAUGUGCUAUGUUUUAAAUAUAAUUUAAAAUCAGAUGACCAUGUCUUUGUUUCGUACAAAAUUCAUAUUGGUAGCAUAAAUAUUCGAAAAGAUCAUUAUCUAGUUAUGUCUAUAAAUAAAGAUGGUUUGCCUAUUUUUGGAAAAGUUGAGGCUUUUGUUAAUGUAGAAAAUUCACUGAUAUGGCUUGUUGUUGUUUCUUUAAUGGAGACUGUAGGAUUUGUUGACCAUCUUUUUUCUUAUGAAGUUAAAUGUUAUAGUGAUGAGCAUUUCGAAAUCUUAAGUUUUGAUACUUUACUUGACCAGCAUCCACUUUCUGGAUAUGUUAUCAGCUGCACAAGUUUAAACGAAAUUUUAAAUAAGAAAUUUAUUCGUAUGCUUUAUAAAUUGUUUUAGACCUAUUUAUUAAAUUGCUGUGUGCAUCAAUAGAUAACUUUUAUUUUAAAAAGUAUUUU